GUUUCGGGUUUGUAGGUUGAUCUAUCUAUCUAUCUAUCUAUCUAUCCAUCUAUUCAGCCGGGGGAGAUCCCCCUUCGGGCCGGUGCCGUCAAUCCUGACGGUAUUUCUUCCUACAGGCCAAAGGGUUUUUCAACCAACCGCCGGAGCGGAAAAGGCACGUGUCUUCUUUUUCCGGGUUCGAAGGUGAAACGGUUCGGGGGAGUCGGAUUCCCAAGGAGAGUCUCUAUGUCGCCAGAGAGGAGCUGGACAGGUACCCCGCCGUGUCGAUGUUGUACCAAGUAUGUGGAAAUGACGAAUUCGAUCUGGGUUUGCCUUCAGGGGAAUCUAUAUAUUCAAUCUGACUCCGGGGGUGAUAGGAGAUGAACCAAUUCAUCCCCGCACUGCUCGAGUCGCUCUCCCAAGCCCUCGAUCUGCGCUUUUCCCUCCCACACUACCAUCUCUCCGGGGAUGAUACGAUCGCGCUGCAUCACUACCCCCGGGUCGGGGGCGGGGAGAGAAACCCCGCGCACCAGGACUUUGGCCUCCUGACGCUCUUCAUCCAAGAGGAUGCAGGUGGGCGGAGUGGGUUGGAGAUCGCGGACCUCCAAUCGACCGACCAAAAGGGGAGCGCUGCCAUCGGGGCCAGUGCGCGCUUUGUGCCGGUGGAGCCCGGCGAGAAUGAGAUCACGGUCUUUGUCGGAAAUAUGCUGCCGAAGCUGGCGAAGAGGCAUCGGUGCCAGGGGGGGUUGCGAUCCUGUGUGCAUCGAGUCGCCUCGGGUGAUAGGGAGCGGUACAGUAUUUGCCUGCUUCGUGCAUGCGGAUCCGAUGACGGUCUUGGAUGAAACGGGGAUGACGGCCGGCGGGCAUCUGGAGAAGUGGAUCUCUCAGUCACAAGCAUAGGGGCGGGAAGUGCGGUACUACUAGACUGAGUUUUGUUCUGUACUGGGUCUGGUGACGGGGCUUCACCGUGUCGGUAGCCUCGCAGAGGAUGGUGUAUGUGGUGGUGACGUGCGGUUGCUUGUAUAUGGAAUCAUUGACAGAACAAUCAGAGUGAUCAUGAGGCGCUUAUAAA